GACAGCGUCACUGUUUUUGCCUUGUUUUGAAAUUGUCCCAAUUGGGAAACAACUCAAGCCUCAAGUUGUCAACCGCAUUUCCCAGUUGGAAACACGUGAGAACAUUUGGGGAUAGAAAAGGGGACAUUUUCUUCUAUUUCACAGUUUAAACGAUAGCAAGUAUUCCACCGUCCCGGAACCCUUCUCGUCGCUCCUGUUUCCGACAGGAAAGAACUCCUCAACCGGAAGUCGCCACUGGGCUCUGCGCCGCUCCGGAUUCGCGUCGGAUUUCUCCGAAAGCCCCUUUAAGGCGCCUUCUGAGACGAUGGAAGAGCCGGAGAUGCAGCUCAAAGUGAAGAAAGUGACGGAUAAAUUCACCGAAAGCAUGUACGUCCUGGCCAACGAGCCCUCUGUUGCCUUGUAUCGGCUCCAGGAACACGUCCGCCGGUCGCUCCCAGAACUGGCUCAGCACAAGGCCGACAUGCAGAGCUGGGAAGAGCAAAGCCAAGGGGCCAUUUACACUGUGGAGUAUGCCUGCAGUGCCAUCAAGAACAUGAAGGACAGUGGCGUCUAUUUCAAGAGCAUUGAAGGCUUGCUCCGACAUGCCUCCGCCGUCAAGGACCGCUUGAACUCGGCCCGCAGGUAACCGGGUUCGAAUCCCCAUCCGGACUCUGUUGCUCCCCUUCCAAGAAAAGUCUGCAAUUGACAUAUGCAAUUCUUCGCUUCGUUUAUAAUUCAUAAUAUUAAACCUGGAACGCAUUUCCUGCA